ACGGAGCUCAGUGCAGCAAUUAUUAUUGCACAUUUUAAAACCAUUUUAUCAUUUUUAUUAUCGUCGGGGUUCGGCUGUUAUUAUUGUAAGUGUAGGUCGCGGGUACUUACUACUUACUACUGUGUAGCACACUAACUCUAAUACUCGGAAAUUUCGAAUUUUGGAUCCGACCGCUUGUGCCGGUUUAUUAUUAUUUUCUCAACGGCACGAACGUGAAAAUGAGUAAGGUGUACAAAGAAGACGAGAUCAGCGUCCGAGUAGAUCGGUGCCUGUAUGAUUCAGCUAUUAAAUUCGGUGGCGGUUUGACUGUAGGCGUUGUCGCAUCCCUGUUGUUCUUCAAACGUAGGAAGUGGCCAAUGAUUAUGGGCUCUGGUUUUGGAUUGGGCUUAGCAUAUGAAAACUGCGAAAAAGACCUAAAAGAAUAUUUUACGAGUACAUAAUACACUAUAAUGUUAUUUGAGCUUUGGCAAUACCAUACUAGCCUUACUCUAGAGUCAAACAAUGUGUUGUUCAUACAGUUUAUUUUCUUUUAUGUUAAUUGUAUUAAUGUUAUUAGUAUUUCUUGUUUCAAUUUUUUAAAUAAGAAAAUAUAUAAAUAAUAAUGUCGGAUCCAAA